AUGUUCAAGAAUGGUACUCAAAAACCAGAGCCCGCCCGCCUCUACCCUCCACCAAGCAACACGAGUUUCUACGAUGCCGUCAAUGACGCCGGAAUCGCCUAUGCAGCCGCGCAGUUCGCUGGAACGAACAUGAACCGGGCUCAUGGCAUGAGCCGUUCCAGGCCCAGGGCUCCGCCCGGACACGACACAAACGCUGGUGCCUACCCCACCGGCGGCUACGCCAACGGUGCCUACGUCAACGAUCCCCGUAUCUACUCUCAGACUCCUCGGCCUCCUCAGCCUCAGCAUGGCCAAGAACACCCUGGGCAUCCACCACCACCGCAAGGGCCAGUGCCGGUGCCGAUGCAAUAUCCAACUCAAACAGCUCGACCACAGCCCCGGCGGAAACCACAGAGCGAGGCCCGCCCAGAUUUUGUACAGCCAACGCGAAGACCGAGUGUUUCAAUACCCGACAUGCCACCAAAUUUUACAGCUUAUCCCAUGCGGCCCGUCGACAACCUAUAUCAAGCGCCGAUCCUACCCCCUGCGGCUCCCCCAAUCAUACCGUACAGGUACCUGAAAUUCCAGACCCCAUUCGAGAGGGUAGCUGAUGAGCACCAGCGGAAUGAGGAUUACCGGGAAUAUGAGCAUCGGAGGAAAAGUGGUUGGAGGAAGACGUAUAUGCCUACAUUUACGGAUGGGAGACGUUGA